UAUAAUAUGCAGUCGGACAUCAACAAGCAUGGAUGGAAAGGGAGAGCUAGCUCCACGUAUCUGAAAUCUGUCACGCUUUACACUUCUAAUCAAAGCUGGUCAACAAGAGGUGCUUUGAAAUGGAGCCACAACUCAAACGCAGAAAAGAAUAUGAGUGUGACAUCGACUCCUGGGUUGCUUACCCUGUGCUGUCCAACGAGCAGUCACAAGACAUUGAGCUAAUCGAGGCCUUUGCAGCUCCCAUCAUCAACAAGAAAGAAACCUCUCGUUUGAUCAAGGAGUUGGCCAAAGUAUACCCAUUACCUGGUCUUCAGCACAUCAAGAGAGUACGGUCAUGCAAGGAUAAGGGCAGCCCUCACCCUCUGGAGGUCAUUGUAUGCCUUGCCAGUGAUGCACCAGUCAUUGACCGCAGUGAGGAGCUGCACAUAUCUGAUCUGUCGUCCUCCGGUAGAUUAAACUGUGAAGGUCUAGGAGACCCUUUCCUGGUCAAGAUACCAGCAUGCCCUCCUUUGACCAGACCGCAGUUUGAGCAGGCCAGCAAACACUGGCCCACCUCCUUUCACGAGGACAAACAGGUGACUGUGGCCCUGAGGGGCCAGCUGUUCACCUCCUCUCAGAAAUCAAAGAUGCAGGAGUACAUGAUGGCUGCUGUGGCUGCAGCCAGAGCGGGGCAGGAGAGUGGCAUGGAGGCUGUGGGGGCUGCGGUCGUUGACCCAGAGGCAGAGAGGAUCCUCGCUGUGGGACAUGACUGCCGGCAAGGCGGUCACCCACUUCAUCACGCCAUCAUGGUCUGCAUUGACCUUGUGGCACGUGGGCAGGGGGGUGGGGCCUACACCUAUGACAAGUACCCCGCCUGCCAGUCUGUUUUGCCGUAUUCCUUACCCUCUCAAAAACAGGGCGCCACCACGACAACCUGUGGGGUCGUGCAGGACGGGGACAGUGCAGAGGAGAGCGGUGAGCCAUACAUCUGCACCGGGUACGACUUGUAUGUUACUCGAGAGCCUUGUGUUAUGUGUGCCAUGGCGCUAGUCCAUUCUAGGAUAGGCAGAGUCUUCUAUGGAACAUCCUCUACCGAUGGGGCAUUUGGGACUAAAUAUAAAAUCCACGCUCAAAAAGAUCUGAAUCACCGCUUUGAAGUUUUCAAAGGAGUCUUGGACCAACAGUGUUCAGACCUUAACAGGCCAGUACACUAUAUCAAAAUUAAUUCUUAAAAAAGGUUCAGCAUAAUUGUUACAGGAACGCUAGACCAUUAUAAACGGGUGAAUCUCAUGUCAGACUACUAGGUACACGUGGUUGAUGAACGAGACAAGAUCAAUGUGUGAAUUACAUAAGUAACAUUUUACUUCUGGAAGAUUUUGGAUUACAUAAAACACAUUUUAAUGUUUUACUUUGUUACUGUGUAAAAUUCAAUGCAAUAAAGUUUUGGCCACUGUGACAGCAA